UUGUUGGCAGCCCUGCAACAGCUGAGAAUGUCAUCGUCAGCUGUAUCCAAAGUCAUAACAAUGUGCUGAUUAUAUAGUUAAAUUCGUUUAUAAAGCUUAUCAAUUAAUUAAUCCAUAGAAAUGAAUAGUAAUAGAUAACGUUAGUUUGAACAUGGACCUGUCAGCGUACAAAAACGUGGUAGAUUUCAAGAACAUCUGCAGAACCUGCAUGAACAAUCAAAACUAUCGCAAGAAAAUCGACGAGGAGAAGAUUCGAGUGGAUAACAACAGCAUCUCAGUGCUCGAGCUGCUGAAUUUCGUGCACGAAGUGAAGAUUCACAAAGGGUUUCCUCAGGAGAUCUGCUCCAACUGUUUGGAUCAGUUGCGAGCCUUCUACAAGUUCAAGCUACAGGUGGAGAAGUCCGAGUCGGUGCUCAAGAAGCAUCUCGGCCCGUUUGAUGAGCGCAACACCACCAUCAGCCCAUUGGCGCCCAAAGAUCUGCCCCUCAACCCUUUGAACUUUGCUGUACGUCCGUUGGACACCCCCAGGUCGCCCCUUUUCGUUAAAUCCGAGCUUUGCAACAGGUUUUUGGACAGCGAGCCUCUAGAUUUAAAGGUGAAUGAGGCGGACAUCGAUUUGGGCUCGUUGAAAAUCUCCGAUGAGUUGAGCGAUCAAAGCAAUGAUGGGCUGGGAAAAAAGCGGCCAUCGGCAGCCAUCGAAAGCAGCAUGCACAUCCCGGAGGAACAUCCUGGAUGCGUGGAAAAGGAUCAGGAAGUGACGAUAGAUCCGGCCGUCUGCACCACUUGCAACAAGACCUUUAAGUCGAAGUACAUUCUGAACGUGCACUUGAAACGGCACAAGUUUAAGGGCCAGUUUCUCUGCACCUUAUGCGGCAAAGGCUUCAACUCCCAAGGCUGCCUCAACAGGCAUACCAGAGUGCAUACCGGUGAAAAGAACUAUCAGUGUGAAAUCUGCCAGAAGCGCUUCCCAUCAUCGAACAACUUGAAUAUUCAUCUACGCACCCACACCGGGGUGAAGCCCUAUUUGUGCAACCUAUGCGGGAAAUCCUUCAGCAAUAGAACAGGUCUAAACUUCCACGUCCGAACGCACAGCAAGGAGCGCCCUUAUGCGUGCGAUGUGUGCGGUAAGUCCUUCGGGGCCCAAAGUCAUUUGGACUGGCACCGGAUGAUCCAUACUGGUGAACGACCAUUUCCCUGCGAUCAAUGCGAUAAGGCGUUUAUAAAAAAAUGUGACUUGCAGCGACACCAAUCCGUCCACACCGGCGAGAAACCAUUCGCUUGCAGCUACUGCGACAAGAGAUUCAGCACCAAAGUCCAUCUGCAGUACCAUACAAUGGUGCACACUGAAGAGCGGCCGCAUAAGUGUCCAGUUUGCGCCAAAGGCUUCAUCCGACGAUACUACUUGCGGGACCACAUGGUGAAGCAUCACGGCACCCUAGAAGGAACCACUUUGGAGAAAAAGGCCGUACCAACCAGGAAGGAGGAACACGCGCAAUCUCUGGCCGUGGGUGAAGGUUUGUAGUCCUUCGUUGGAACGGCUCUAGUUAAAUGGUGCUUUGUUUUCGCUUGUUAUGGAGGAACGUGUAGGUUAUUAGAAAUAUAUCGAGUUGUUUACA